GGCAGCAGGACUGUUACUCAUAUUAGUGCCAAUCAUCAUUUUCUUCAUGAAGAGAUGUAAAGAACAAAAAUAUCAGAUGUCUAUGAAGAUGGAUCACAGACUUUGUACCAAAAACACAUACGAUAUUACCGGAGGGAAGAAUGAGAUGGAUGAUGAUUUUGAUGAUGAUGAUGAAGAUUAUGAAAAUGCAGAUACAAUAUUUUACCAGAAAGAAGACUCAGAUGAUUCUAGUGAGGACUACGUCAAUAUAGAGGAUGAGAUGGAGAAUACGGCUCUGGGCAAUGGCUAUGCAGGUGCCAAAGCCUCAUGUGGGAUUACCUACACAGGGAACGAGAGGUAUGAUGACGAUGAUGAUGAUGAUGAUGAUGAUGACGACGAUGAUUAUGAAAAUGUAGAAGUCACUGUCCACCAGAGAGAGGAUUCAGAUGUCUCCGAUGAGGACUACGUUGACAUAGAUAUGGAUACAUAGAAAAUGGCUGAGGACGACUAUGAGGAUUAACAAAUUUAUGGAAACAUGGAUUAGUAUGUUAAAAACAAUUUACUUAUCCAGUGUCACUUUAAUCCAAACUUAUUUUAAACGGAUAAAAAUAAUCAAUGGUCAGUCAUCAGUCAUCAUUCAUCAUUUAACUCAGGUUUGAAGUGAGCUACUGUGACGUAUGAAUGUACUUGUUUUUGGACCUAUGUUCACUGCCACUUUCAGGUGAGCCAGGAUGCUUCCUAUUUCUCCCAUUAUAUCAAAACAAUGACUGCUGAACGCUAGGGGGCACUCAUGAGCGAAUCCUCAAUGAAGGGGUGUGAACAGAGCUAAACGGCUAAAAAUUAAAAACAUGCUUCGAGCCAUUCAUGACAGAACUGUCUUUAAUUUUGGAAAGUAAAAUGAAGUAUUCCAUUAAAAACAUCAAAGAAACCAGUAUCAAAAACAGUUUGGGCAGGACACUGGAAUUACGGCUAUUGAGCACUGAUUGGUUGGCAUUACUGCUACUGUGUGCUGAUCGGUUGGCAUUACUGCUACUGAGCGCUGAUUAGUUAGCAUUACUGCUACUGAGCGCUGAUUGGUCAGCAAUACUGCUACUGACCACUGAUCGGGCAGCAUUACUGCUACUGAGUGCUGAUUGGAGUUAAUGCGACAUAGCACUGAUUGACUGGCAUUCUUACUUCUGAGUGCUGAUUGGUUAGGAUUACUGAAAGUAACUGUAACUGUAAUAUCCAACCAAU